AAGGAGGAGGGGGUGAGGAGGAGGAGGCGGCACGGGUGCUGUUUCUCCAGUCUCUUUCCCCUGUCUUUGUCUCACACACUCUUUUGUUAGCCAUGCCUAGCCUGCUGGUUCUAGCAGGGAUCAUGGAGAAAAAUGGGGGCUAUGCCGGGGAUCUGGCUGGCUCCGGCUUCGGAGGCGAAGGUCUCCUGGUGCCGCCCGACGAGGAGGAAGACGACUCCCGUGCCCUCAGGGUCGCGCUGGGCCAGUUGUCUCUGCUGGGGCUCGGGGAAGGCGAGGACGGCGGCGGAGCCCCAACAACAGGAGUACAGGACCGGAGUAACAAUAACAACAACCACCACAACCACACGAACAACGUCGGCGGUUGCGUGGACUCGGCGAUCCUGCAAGGGAAGAGCAAGUUGUGCGCCCUGUACGAGAGCUCCUCAAGUGAGACGAAAGGACGAGGCUGCAACAUAACAGAAUGCGUCCCAGUGCCCAGCUCUGAACAUGUGGCCGAAAUAGUGGGGAGACAAGGUUGCAAGAUCAAAGCCCUGCGGGCUAAGACCAACACCUACAUCAAAACCCCCGUUAGAGGAGAGGAGCCGGUGUUCCUAAUCACUGGCCGGAAGGAGGAUGUUGCCCUGGCCCGCCGUGAAAUCAUCUCUGCCGCAGAGCACUUCUCCAUGCUCCGGGCUUCCCGCAACAAGCUGGGAGUUUCCUUCAGCGGCUCCCCGCCCACUCCUCUGCCCGGUCAGACCACCAUUCAGGUGAGAGUGCCAUACCGCGUGGUGGGGCUGGUAGUCGGGCCUAAAGGCUCCACCAUCAAACGCAUCCAGCAGCAAACCUGCACUUACAUUGUCACUCCCAGUCGGGACCGCGACCCUGUCUUUGAAAUCACAGGGUCGCCCAGCAACGCCGAGCGGGCCCGCGAGGAGAUUGAAGCACACAUCGCCUUCCGAACAGGAGGCCUGCAUGACCACAAUAAUGAGAAUGACUGUCUGGGGCCGAAUGGUGGCAGCAGCCCGUCGGGCAGCAGCGGUGGUCUGGAGAGCCGGCUACAGCAGGUGUGGGGGCUGCAGGGGGGCCAGCGCAAGCCUCUCACCAGCAGCUACCGCCAGAACUUCUCAGAGGCCAUGGUUGGAGGGGUAGGAGGAGGAGGCGAUGGAGUGGGAAUCUACAAUAAGAGCAACUUCUCCAGCUCCGGAGAAAAGCCCUGCUCUUAUUUUGGAUCAGAGAGCACCCAGAGCUGGGGUGACCCUGACUACCCCAAACAGGUGGCCUUCUAUGCCCAGCAGCGCUCCAAGAGCUUCGGGGGGCUCCCGCUCCCCCUGACCAGACUCUCCCCUGGCUUGUCCGAGUCUUGCGGAGGUGGAAACAACAACAACUCAGUCACCAGCAUUGUGCCUGUGUCCGGCUCACCUCAUGCCCAGGCCCGCCGCGCCCACAGCGAGCCCAUCUCAGCCGGCGAUGGGUUCCCCGGCCGUCUGCCAGUGCCGGACUCGCCCCCGGCCACUGUGCGGGAAUGCAUGACCUGCUUUGAAAGCAAAGUGACGGCUGCCUUGGUGCCAUGUGGCCAUAACCUCUUCUGCAUGGAGUGUGCCAUCCGAAUCUGUGAGCUCAACCACCCGGAGUGCCCAGUGUGCCACACCCAAGUAUCACAGGCCAUCCGAAUAUUCUCUUAAGAACCACAUCAGUUUUUAUCAUUGGUUUUGUCAGUGUUUGUUCAAUAAUUAUUUACUGUUAUUAUGAUUAUUAUUAUGAUACACAUUUUUUGUUUUUCAGAAAAUUUACAAACAAUCAAGCAGAUAUUUUAGAAGGCACUGCUUGCUUUACUAAAAAGUAUAAGAAAUAUUUUUAAGUUUUUCUUUUAUAUAUAUAUAUAUGCAUAUAUAUUUUAUAAAAGUUUUGUUUAUAAGAGAAGUAUAGUACCUUGCAUUUUCAGUUUUUUGACUGCUGCUGUUUUUCAUUCAUGAAUCUCAGUGUAGGCAGAGGUAGACAGUAAUGUGAACAUUUUAUUAUUCAAAUUUUUUAUUUUACCAUGAAGUGGGUUUAUAUGGAAGGAAGAAGAUGAUUGUGGAGGUACCCAAUCUGCACCUGACUGACCCAGAAAGUCAAUGUUGUUAUUAGAAGGAGAAAAAACCGAAUUUUCAUUGCACCUUACAAUCAUCUUGGUCUAAAAUAGGAUUUCAAUCAUACCUUGGAAUUUCGAGAGCUGAUGUGAAGGUAGAUUCAGCCUUUUACUUUUUACUGUGAUCUGAUAUAAUUGGUCCAAAAUGAUAUUAAUUUUAACAAAAUGAAAACGUUAAUAGAUUGAACCAAGUCAAAGCCUUGUAAUCUCUACAAGUAAAGAAAAGACGGCCCUCUUAUUUCAUACUUUACCUUAAAGUCUUAUUAACCAGAUUGAUGUUAAAAGGAAAUAGGACAUGACAUCAUUUAUUUAUGGUAACUAGUAACAUUUUAUUGGCAUCAUCAUUCACAGAGAUAGAUGAAAGUUGUAUGAAGUAUCAGCAACAUUUUCUUUUCAGUAGCCAUUGAUUACACUUUGGUCACUGCAGUUUGUUGUAAAGAUUCAGUAAUGCUUGCUCCUCGUGGCACUUGAAAAGCAUGUGGUUCCUCGGUUGGCUUAAAGCACUGAUUUAAUUUGUGAGGCCGAAAGCCUUGGAAUUCAUCCAGUUGGCUAGUUCUCCAUGUCUGUCUCCCCAAUAGACGUGUUUCAAAGCCACCUUAACCGCGCUUUAUUGUCUCGUGUGGUCAUUUGGCCACAGUCGCUGAACAAUAUAGGACACAGCAAGAGCCCCAGUCAACAAGCAUUUCUCUGAGGUGUGCACCGUAAAUAAAGAGGAGAAUUAGAGUGUGGACAGAAGCCAAGUAGAACUGUAAAACGCUUCCUAAAUCAGCAGCAGAUUCAAAUAGUUGACACUGUAAAAUACAGAGUCCCAAAUCAGUAAUCCUCGCUCCACGUCCGCAAUAAUAACAGCAUUAUGUGCGAGCUCCGAGGGGCCAGCUGUCCCCCCCCCCCCCUGUAAUUAGUGAAGCUGUACAGGAGCAGGUGUUUCACGGCACACUGUAGCUGUGACCCCGAGUUGGAGGUCUCGCCUAGUCCCCUUUCUUUCUCUCCUUUCUUUGGGAGUGGCUUUUAUGUCCCCUCGUGCUUACAGUUUGAUCGUUUGCUUUCGAGGCCUUUCUGAGCGGGGCGUAUUGUCCUCGCUCGGCAGCAGCGUGGGCCGCAGAGUGCUCGGACACGGCCCGGAUCUACUCAUUCAUAAUUAGGCAAAUGGGUUGGUCCAGGUGCGGACCGUGUGGGGACUCUAGGGCUGUAUGAGUGGUACGACAGGGUCCCGCAGUGAGCCCUUUACCGCCCCGCCCCACUGUUACAAGCACAGAAGGGGCAGGAUGGUCUGGAUGCAGCUGGGCGAAUGGGACCCCCUCCUUCCACUCCCUCUUGCCCCUUCCUCCCCCCCUUUCCUCUCCUUUUCUGCUGCUCUGAGCUAUCCCUACUGAGGAGUAGGGGGCCUCUUUUGUCCCUAAGCACACAC